UCUCUCUCUCUCUCUCUCUCUCUCUCUCUCUCUCUCAACACCAUAGCCAUGAAUUCAAGAUUAAUAGGCAAUGGAGAAAUUACUUUAGUUCUCUCCCAUGGAUAUGGGGCAAGCCAAGCCGUUUGGGACGAAGUAGUCCCCAAGCUAUCAAAACGUUAUCAGCUCUUUCUCUUCGACUGGUGUUUCUCAGAGGCGGUCAAGCCGCCAUUGACCUUCGAUUCAUCUAAGGACUUCUCCUUCGAAGGCUUCGCCGAUGAGCUCAUCUCUCUCCUUGACAACUAUAAGUUAAAGUGUGUCGUCUUUGUCGGCCACUCCAUGGCCGGCAUGGUAGGCUGCCUCGCCUCUAUCAAGCGACCGGACCUCUUCAGUCACCUUGUGCUUGUGGGCGCCUCGCCAAGGUAUGUAAACUCAGAUGACUACCAAGGAGGAUUUCAGCUCACCGACGUGGAGAACAUCCUCACAAACAUACAAACAAAUUUUCAAGCCUGGGCUGAAGAAUUCGCACCAAUGGCUUCGGGUAUUACUGAUCAAAUUCACUUGAAGAAGCUCAUUGAUUCCUUCAAAGGCAUGAAUCCGACGGCAGCUCUUCCUCUUGCCAAGAUGAUAUUCCUCAGUGAUCAAAGGCAUGUUCUUGAGCAUGUCAAGCUUCCUUGCACAAUAAUUCAGGGAACAGAAGAUAUCGUAGUGCCAGUUGUUGUUGGGGAUUAUAUGAAGUGCAAGUUGAAGGGGGAGACAUCUUUGGUGAACAUUGACAAAAAUGCCCAUUUCCCACAGAUCACCUCUCCUAAGAAGUUCGUUGAAAUCCUCAGAAAAAUUUUAAAAUAGUAAAGCAUGGAGAAUGAGAGGUAUGGUUCAAGAAGAUACAUUUGUUUACUCGGUAUGGUAGGGUUCUUUGUUUACUUUAAUCGUGAUUAAGUUGUGUUCAGAUGCUUGUAAUAUGCACUUUCAUCAGUGUUGUUUUCGGUAUUAUUUUAUAUUACUUUAAUGAGGCCAGUACUUUAUUCAGUGUACUACUCAACUGCGUUUUAGGAAGUUUAGAGAGAGAAGCUCCAGUUAUAGAGAGAAAACCCGGUUUCCUUUUGAAAUUCCCUAUUUUUUCGGAAAUGGCGGGGGAUGAUCAACGGCAUUUGCCAGCAAUCAUUCCAUCUUCAUUGUUACCUCCCCCACAAAUAUUGUCGACUAGCUCUCCUUUUAUUAUAAAAGGUGUGUCAGAUUGUUCAAAAGUGAUUGCUGCCCGAGUUGAAGAAAAUCUCUCUAGAAAAGGUAAGGAAUUAUUGAAGAAAAUAAAGGUGUUCCCUCAAGAAAUUUCAUCGUUGACAAUUACAAAAGUAUUGACUAUGUAGUUUCAUCCUCAUAUGGUGCCAAAUUAUUUGUUAACAUAUUCUCUAAACCUAUUAAUGGUGAUGCUAAUGGAAUUCUAAA